UUAUUAAUCUUGAAAAGAGACCAGUUUCAACAGAGCCACAUUAUAAAUUCCAUUCCAUAAAACUCACUAAUUUUCCCACCAAUCAAAUUCACUCUCAUUCAGUCCAUUCUUCCAUUUUUAAUGGCAAUUUUAACUCAAAACUUGUCACUUCCAUUCUCUUGCCAGCGUCCACUGUAUACGUUGUCGUCGUUUCCACCCGCUUCUUCUCCUUCUCCACUUUCUACCAUCAGUUUCCCAGAAAAUUACCGAAAUGCCCGAAAGAAAUUGAGAAUUUGCAGAGCCAUGGUUCAGCAGAGUGGGGUAGUAGAAGGAGCUUCUUCCCCUUUUGCUAAAGAAAUGGAAAGACUUUCAGCUAAAGAAUCUCUGCUUCUUGCUUUGAAAGAUGCUGGAGGUUUUGAGGCAUUAGUCACUGGGAGGACAACAGAUGUACAGCGCAUUGAUGUGAACGAGAGGAUCAUUGCCCUUGAGAGACUUAAUCCGACACCUCGACCAACAACGUCUCCCUAUUUAGAAGGUCGAUGGAAUUUUGAGUGGUUUGGAGCUGCAAGUCCAGCGUUCUUGGCUACCAGACUUUUAUUUGGGAGAAUUCCUCCAACUCUGGCAAAUCUAUCAAAAUUAGAUCUGCUGAUCAGAAAUGUAUAUGGGACUGCUAUUGCGCAUGUGAAAUUACUGAAUUCGAUCGAAAGUAAAUUUGUUCUCUCCAGCAAGUUUUCUGUUGAGGGGCCUCUUCGAAUGAAAGAGGAAUAUCUUGAAGGGAUAUUUGAAACUCCGAAGGUAAAUGACAAUACCAUGCCUGAGCAACUAAGAGGUGCUCUCGGUCAGGUUGUUAGCACUCUCCAGCAACUUCCUGUUCCCAUCAAAGAUACUGUGUCCAGUGGGUUGAAAAUUCCUCUUGGUGAGGCGUUUCAAAGACUUAUUAUGAUUUCUUACCUUGAUGAAGAGAUCCUGAUAGUAAGGAACUCUGCAGGAGAACCCGAGGUUUUAACAAGGUUGGAUCCAGCCCCUGAUCCCGAACCAUUUUCUUAAUAUGAUAGUUAAGAGAAUGGGGAGCUCGACUUCUCUGAAAGAACCGGGUCAUUUCCUUCACAGCUGUAUUUAAAAUCUACAUUAACGUUAUACAUCAGUUGCAUCUACCUCAUUCUUUUUCUUUUUCUCACCAAGUUUUGUAUAGAUUAAUUAAUGUCACUAAAGGAAUCAUAAAGGAGUUUAAUUUUUAUACAUA